UAAUUUAACGAUAAUUUUCUCACUUCUCCGCACAAUUUUCAUGGCUAGAGUAAUCGUCUUCCCUCCAAAACCCCGAUGUCUGAUCACCCCACCAAUCGCCGCCUUUAAACCAGCUCCACCGCUCCUCCUCCGCCACACCCCCGCCGCAUUUAGACUCUUCGCCGCCACCUCCUCCACGAGCAGCCGUGACCCCGAAACUGUAACAGUCCCAAAACCCUCUACUUCUAAACCCAGCCCCAAUGGCAGUAAAAGGAGCAGCGCGAGGGAUAAAAAGGUAAAUAUAGAUGCAAAUCAGCUCCGAUUGAACUGGUUGGAUUCCCUCUCUUGCCCUUGGCCGGACAGUGAUAAAAAUAGGGCUUCUGAAGAUUCCGAUUCGUGCAAUGCGGACUCGGGUUGGGUCGUCGGAAUCGACCCGGAUCUUUCCGGAGCCUUGGCUGUAAUUAAACCCGACAAUUCUCCACAGGUGUACGAUUCUCCUCACUUGAGUGUACUGGUUGGCAAAAGAGUGAGGAAGCGUCUUGACGUGAAGUCUAUUAUCCAGUUGCUUCAAAGUGUUGAUGCUCCAAUUGGAACCACUGUGUAUAUAGAGCAAUCGAUUCCAUAUCCGCAAGAUGGUAAGCAGGGAUGGUGGAGUGGAGGAUUCGGAUAUGGACUAUGGAUAGGGAUCUUGGUCGCCUCAGGGUAUUCUGUUGUUCCAGUUCCAUCAUCGUUAUGGAAGAAUUCGUUCAAACUGACUGGAGAUCGCUCAAGUAAGGAUAAUAGCAGAGAGCUUGCCAGCACUCUAUUUCCCAGCAUGUGUUCCCAGCUGAAAAGGAAGAAAGAUCACGGUCGUGCCGAGGCACUUUUAAUCGCUGCAUACGGUAAAGGGCUGAAGGUGAACAUUGAUUCUUCGUGCAUGUUAGAAGAUCAAGAUCCAACGCCAUAGAAGCAGGUACAAGUUGCUGUUGGUGGUUUGAGACUUGAGUAUAUGAACACUGGCCACUACAAGAAACUUUGGUGGUCCUAUUGGAUUUUGCAUAUACCAAACAAUUCAUUUGUCAAUUUAUGAAGAACACUGACCUAAAAAGGUCAACACAUACUAGGGUAAGUUACGGGCCACCCCGUGAGUUAAGGUCAAAUUAUGAAAAAACCCCUCGUAUUUGGAUAAUUACAGCUACUCUUCAACUAUCUAUUGUCUCAUAGAAAAAUUCCUCAAAUAGGUAAAUUUAGGGAUGUUCAUUUGGUGAAACCAAAAUUUCUUACUGUUUGCCGAACCGAAAUAUGUGGUUCGAUUUGGUAAUAACCGAAUUAUCGAAAUUUUAUUAAAAAUAUUUCAAAGUUUGAUUUUU